UUCUACCUGAGCGAGCACGCUUAUCAUUCAUCGUUUACAGGAUAAGCAAUCCAGCGACCCCUGGAGCUCAUUGCACUCUGUUUGGCCACCUGGAAACUUCAGCUCCAGGAAAACAGAAACUCGUCUCACUAGCAGUGUUUGACAGACAGAAACGAAAAUGGCGCAAACACUGGCAAUGCCUGUGGUACCCUCUCUUUCUGCAAUAUGCAACGGACUCAAGAAUACUUCUCUCUCCAGCUCCAUCUCUCCCCCUGUCUCAAACCCUCCUAAGGUUUGCAGCCUCAGCAUACGAUGUGCCCGUGUUGGAGGAGUGGAGAUUCCUAAUAGCAAGCGAGUCGAAUACUCUCUUCAGUACAUUCAUGGAAUUGGCCGCUCUAUAGCUCGCCAAAUCCUUUCUGAUCUCACCAUGGAAAACAAAAUCACUAAGGACUUAUCGGAGGAUGAGCUCAUUACUCUUCGUGAUGAAGUUUCGAAGUACAUGAUCGAAGGAGAUUUGAGGCGGUUUAAUGCCCUCAAUAUAAGGAGGUUGAAGGAGAUUCAGUGCUAUAGAGGGGUCAGGCAUAUUCAGGGUUUGCCAUGCAGGGGGCAGCGCACGAAGAACAAUUGCCGGACCUUGAAGGGGAAGAGAGUUUCUAUUCCAGGAAAGAAGAAAGCUCCUCGCUAAUCAAGUGGGUUCUGUUGAUCUUAUUUAGUAUUUUGUAAUUUGCUAUUUGAAUUUUGUUAGAAUCAAUCUGCACUACUGAUGCACUUACCUGAGUCAAUCAGAUUGAGUUUCUGAUCCAUGCAAGUGGUUUUGGCAUGAUUCAAGAAUUUCCACUCAAUUUCGAUGUUCUAAAGGGUAUGGUACUUGUGCUUCAUCAUUCUUUUGACAUUAAAAUUAAUUUUUGUAUGCAAUAAUCCUGGGUGCUUGAAAAUAUACAUGAUUUGAUCCUUCUGGAAA